UGAGAAUCUGACAGAAUGAAUGAAUCUAUCUACCUACCUAGUACGUACACUUAUUAUGAAUUUACAGAGUGAAAUUAUUUGUUUAUUUAUUAGUUUCAUUUUUUACUAUUUAUGAAUUAACUUGUCCACACAAUAUUGAAUAUGACUAAAGCAAUGUGCUCCAAAAUAUCAAGGAAAAAACAUUUAACAUGGUCUCAAGACGAAAAUCUAGGACACUCCAAGGAAAACUCUUUACAUAAUCAGAGCAUAGCAACAGGUAAAGAGAAUAAUAAGAAGAAUCCAAGGGAGUUACGUUCCACUGUAUUAGCGUCAAAGGAAAAUGUAGAGAGUAAAGUUGUGGGAAACUCACUACAAAACUCGACUUCUGUUAACAACAAUGAAUGUAGCUUGAGAAAAUCUGAGAGGCAUCGCAAAUCUUGCUAUAAUACUGAUGAUUUCAUCUAUACUAUUAAAAAUAGUGAAAUCAAUACAGAUACCAAAACUAAAAGACACAUUUUGAGUGAUAAAACAAAUUCUCCUUUAGCUGCUGUUACUAAAGAACAUGCACUAAGCAAAUCUCUUGAAGAGAAAAAUAAAAGAACAAAAGGAAAAAAGGAAAGUAUAAAUUUGUGUACGAACUUCAAUCCGUCAAAUAAAAGUCAUGAGGAAAAGAGUGACAUCAAACAUCACAUACCUGUGUACAAGGCUAAAAUUGCUGAUUCUAAAUUAGACAAUGCCUGCAAUGUUACUAAUGCAAUGAAAGAAACCGUCUAUGACUUUGAUGAGAUAGAUGAAAAUGAAGAACCAGUUAAAAAGAAAAAGAAAAAAAGGAAGCCUUAUGUAAAAAAGCCUAAGGUAGGCCCAAAAGCCCUAACAAUUAACAACAUAAAAUAUAGUUCUACGGAAAGUUUAGUAUCGUUGCCUGAAAAACCAAUCAGCCGUAAGAAAGUUAAUACAAAAGUAGGUCCGUCAUGUCAGUCAUUUCAAUCUGUAAAUAACCUAAAUGACACUGAAAGUACAUGUUCUUCUGUGCAAAGUUUUAUGUCUCAUCCAUCAUCGUACCUUCCAUGCAACAAACAAGUUUCAGAGAAAAAAAAUAAACUGAGUAUCCUUCAUGAAACACACUCUGAGAAUUUGCCGAGCCCUAUUCAUGAAUCAAGUAAUAGUUUUAGUAAUGCUGUUAAUCCUCCUGAUGUCGCUAACAGCGAAUUGGACACUCAACCAAAAAAUCAAUCUUCAGUUUUACCCAAAGACAUUAAUGUAACCUCAGAAACGUCAUUUGGUUUACAACAGCGUUGUUACACUUCCAAAAGAAGCUUUUCUGACCAUACACAUAGUAGAAUUUCUCAAUGCGCCUCAGCUAAUGAGACUUUGUUCAAUCAACUGUCUCACUGUUCAGCAAAUAUUUCAACAGGUUCCUCCCAUGAUUUUCUGUCAUCAACACCUUGUAAGCAGGGGUCUUUGGUGGUACGUCAUAACAGUGUUUUCGAUGAUUCUCGCCAGACAGAUGUUCUUAACAAGUUAAAAACAAGCACUGGUCUUAUAAAAGAAGCAUUAGAAAACACGGUAGUUGAUGAUAAAUAUUUUGGUUUUGACGAGCCUGAAGAGCUAGAAGAACCAUUAGUGUCACCAAUAAAAAGCAUAAAUCUUCCAGAGCCUAAAAUCCUUCCCAGGCGCCAGCAUGAGUUGUUUGGAUACAAUGAAAUAGAGCAUCCAAAACUGGAUCCAAAGGAAGUGAUAGAAAUGCUAAAAGCCUCCAUCCCUAAAACCAAAAGCAAAAUUAAAAAACAAAGUGAUGUUUAUGAGUCUGAUUCUUCCUCUUCUUCAAUUCAUAGCAAUUCAUCUUUGCCAAUUAACCAAGAAGUUGAGACCACAAUAACAUUUACAAAGCCACCUCGUCGUUCCUAUGAAAGGCCAAAACGUAUUCGAUAUCACAGUGACCAUGAAGAAGAGAGUGAGGAAGAAAAUUGUGAAAGUCAGGAAGGUGCUAAGCAUGACGAAUCCCAUGAACAAGAGCUCAAGAACAAACCUAGUAAUAAGAAGUAUUAUCACAAGAAAAAUGUGUCGAAGAUGUUUAAAGCUCCACAUGUUCCUAUAGCUAAACAAAGGAUUUUAAAAGAGGAGGAAGAGUUGGAAAGAUUAGCAGCCCAAAUGAAUGCCCAGUUUCAAGAGAUAGAUAAGUGUAAUCUUGUUGUUGAAUGAUUCACAUCACCAGGAUAUGCAAGAUUUGCUUCCAUAAGUUAGGUCUUAUGAUUUCUCCCAAAAUAUAAUUAGAACUUAAAAACAGCCUUACAUUAAGGUUUUUCAUACAAUUAUCAAUUAUUUAAUAUUUUUGGUAUGUACAUAUAUAAUUUCAUACAAGUAAUCUAUUGUAGACUGGACUUUAAACUAUCGUGAUGUUAAUUUAAGUGUUAAUUUCAAUGGAUAUAGUUCUCAAUUGGUAAAUAUUUUCAUCAAAUUUGUCUUAUACAAUAUAUUAUACCUAUAUAUUUAAUUAUACAGUAUUAAACAUAGUUAAAAACACUACAAACACUUAGAAUUGUGUGCUUGUUCUGGUUAUUGUACCAGCAUAUUUUUUAAAUCAGUUUUUGUUUAAAUAAGUUAAAAAUGUACUGUGCCAAUUUUGUAUUGAUUGAUUUUUUUGUAAUCAAAUCAUGACCAUGUUCUACUUGUCUUUAUA